ACUUUGAGUGAAUCACCCAAAUACCUAACGAUGAGUGGAAGAGGUAAAGGCGGAAAGGGACUCGGUAAAGGAGGCGCAAAGCGUCACCGGAAAGUUCUCCGUGAUAACAUCCAGGGAAUCACCAAACCAGCGAUCCGCCGUCUGGCUCGCCGCGGUGGAGUGAAGCGUAUCUCUGGUCUGAUCUACGAGGAGACCCGUGGUGUGCUGAAGGUUUUCCUGGAGAACGUGAUCCGUGACGCCGUUACCUACACCGAGCAUGCUAAGAGGAAGACUGUGACCGCCAUGGAUGUCGUCUAUGCCCUGAAGAGACAGGGACGCACCCUGUACGGAUUCGGCGGUUAAAUUUACGGCUUGAUCAGAAGACUUCUACAACGGCCCUUUUAAGGGCCACCCAAACUUUCCUUCAGAGAGCAUAGAACCUCAUAGCCCGAGUUUCAUUAUGAGAUGAUCACCUUCUGACAUAAAAGUCAAUUGAACUUUUUUUUUUUUUUUUUUUUUUUAAAUGGAAAAAUAUUAAGUAUUUUGGAAAAUAUCAAAUAAAAAUAACGAAUGAUGUAAACGCUGUUGCUCAGAGCAAGCGACAUAGAUCAGAUAUAUGAAACCAAAUGUGGCCCAACAACCAAUUUGUAUUUGACACCCCUGUUCUAAUU